AUAGAUUAGAUUUAUUCAUCCGCAGAGCCCGCAUCACAAUAGACUAGACCAGGAUUAAGCUCCGCCCAUCAAGCCUUUAGCUACUUGAAGCUCGACGCCAGCCUACAUUGUUUAAUAUCAGUAACUGAACGAAAUUAGCAUCUAUCAAAGCUGCCAGAACGAGGUCGGCUCUCAUUGGUUGAACGCGGUGUCUACUUUCCGCUCUGCAAUCAAUAACACAUGGGGAGAGAGCUGAAAUAAGCAAAAGAGCGUUAGUUAUCAGUUGUUAUAGACGUAUGUGUUUGGACUCUUCUGAAAAAAAGAGAAGAAAAACCCAAAAGGUUUUUUAACAAUUUUUUGCUUAAGAACGUUUCGGAUAAAUCAGACACCAUUGAAAGGCUACACAGUCUCGGACAUUUUAUUAACUAUAAUAUGGAGACCGAUCUAUCGAAGUCUUCUUUAGCCCCGGGGUCAGGCCCGCAAAGCCUAGGCCAGCAAAGCAAUCCGGGUGCUAAUGGACAAGGGAACCAAGGCGCUUCUCAGUCGCAGAAGAACAACCAGGAUCGGGUUAAAAGACCUAUGAAUGCUUUCAUGGUCUGGUCCCGUGGACAGAGGCGGAAAAUGGCACAGGAAAAUCCUAAAAUGCACAAUUCGGAGAUUAGUAAACGACUUGGCGCCGAAUGGAAACUAUUAUCCGAAUCUGAGAAGCGACCCUUUAUCGACGAAGCUAAACGCCUACGUGCGAUCCACAUGAAAGAACACCCUGAUUACAAAUACAGACCCCGGCGAAAGACGAAGACUCUUAUGAAAAAAGAUAAAUACGCGAUACCAGGAAUGCCACCAGGGGCUCCAGUUCAACAGGUAGGCCGAGAGAUGUACCAGAUGAACGGGUACAUGCCGAACGGCUAUCCUAUGAUGCCCCCUGAUCCGAACGCUUACCAUCAACACAUGUCGAACCCAAUGUUGGGCGGACAAUAUGGAUAUAACAUUCCAACUCAACCCAUGUCAACACAGAUGACCACCGGUUCAUAUAUGAACGGCAGCUCCAGCUACACCAUGACAAUGGCCCCAUACUCAAUGUCCCCAUCUCAGGUGCCUCAAAUAAAGCGGGAACCUAACCCAACGGGCCAACCAUCUCCGGCGAAUCGCUGUCCAACGGGAGAUUUGCGGGAGAUGAUAAGCAUGUAUUUACCUGGGGAUAAUACACCUGACCACACGGUACAGAGCAGAUUACAAAUGCAAACACAGUAUGCUCAUGCGACAACGACUGAGGGAGGAGUAAAUAACACGGUCCCCCUUACACACAUGUAGGACAAAGACACUCGCUCCAGGACCUAUCACAAGGUAUGGAAUUCACACUAUGUACAGCCCCACCCCCCUCUAUACACACAAACACACUCUUGGGGUAGGCCCUAAAUGAACUUUUUUUUUUUUUUGGAUCGUUAUUUUCAUUUGAGAUCCACCAAAUACCGUUUUUCUCUUGUGCAUGAAGUACGAGAGCGCGUGAGAAACAAAAAUGGUUAACAAGAAUUAACCCACACAAAUAACUAAAAGAAUUUUAGGAAAUCUUUACUGUAUAUGUAUAUAUAUUAUAUAUAUUAUAUAUAUGUAUAUAUAUCAUAUAUAUAUAUAUAUAUAUCAAGCUUGUAUGGGAUAUAUGGGGUUGUGUGGCAAAAAUCACGAAUUGACAUAGAAGGCUGGAGUUGAAUUUAACAAAAAAUAUAAAACAAAAACUGUGCGAGAAAGGUUGAAAGAAAUAUCGAGAGAGAGAAAGAGAGAGAUAUGAAGACGAUGGUGACGAGAAAAAUUGAUAACAACACGCAAAACAGAAAAUUAGCAAACUAAAAGGAGAGAGAGAGAAAGAAAAAAAAAAAACGGCACUCCGAAAUGACUUUACGAAAAAACAUCAACAACCACACCAACAACAUCAAAUAAUACUUAUGAUAACAGUAAGAAUGUUAAACGCAAACAUAACAAAAACAAAACUAUUAAAAAAAAAAUAAUAAGCAGGAACGAUUAUCUCUGAAAAUGGACAGUAC